CUUCGAUAUUUUCGCGAUUCGAGCGGCUCUGAUCCAAACUUGUCUUCUUCUCUUCAAUCCUUGAUUCAAAACGAUUUCCUCCGGCGGGCUAAGAUCGAAAUCAGAUACCUUUUUGUGACUUUAUCUGCUGUUACCGUGCUCUGUUUCGAGCUCUGUUUUUUUUCUCUGUUUUGAGCUCAAAAUCAAUGGGAGAGAUUGUGGUUUUAAGCAGCGAAGAUGGUACUACGGAGACGAUGAUGAGCAGAGGCAAAUCAUCUGAAAUUGUCCGAUGGGAGAAGUAUCUUCCGAAAACGGUGCUUAGGGUUUUACUUGUUGAAUCCGAUGACUCAACUCGACAAAUCAUCACAGCUCUUCUUCGGAACUGCUCUUACAAAGUUGUAGCUGUUUCCGAUGGUUUAGCUGCGUGGGAGAUUCUAAAGGAGAAGUCACAUAACAUUGACCUUGUAUUAACGGAGCUUGAUUUGCCGGCUAUAUCUGGUUUUGCUCUACUUGCUUUGGUGAUGGAGCAUGAAGCUUGCAAGAGCAUUCCUGUCAUAAGUACGAUGUGAUGUCUUCGGAGGAUUCGAUGACACUGGUGUUGAAGUGUAUGCUUAGAGGUGCUGCUGAUUAUCUGAUUAAACCCAUGAGGAAGAACGAGUUGAAGAAUCUAUGGCAACAUGUCUGGAGAAGACUUGCUGUGCGUGAUGGUUACAUUUCUCAUGGUCUUAGCUUACCAGCUUCACAGCAGAACCUUGAAGAGAAUGAUGAAACUAGUGCAGAUUCCAGAUAUCAUUCUGAUCAUGGAAGUGGUGCUCAGGCUACCAGCUACAACGGUCACAGUAAGCUAAUAAUGACGGAUGUUAAGGAUUCUGACAAAAAGCUUGAAUCUAUUGAUGUGACAAUGGAUUUGAUCGGUGGGAUUGAUAAACGGCCUGAGUGUUUUUACGGAGACAACACACGUGGUGAGUAUGUUGGUCCAGAGCUUGGACUUUCUCUGAAAAGAUCUUGCUCUGGAAGUUUUGAGAAGCAAGAUAAAACCAAGCAACAGAAGCUUAGCCUCUCCGAUGAAUCUGCCUUCUCACGAUAUGAGAAUAGCCAGCCAGCAGAGAAAGCAGAAGUUGCCGUAGAGCCGAGUAGCUCAGGUGAGCCAAAGACACCAAGCGAAUCACAUGAGAAGCUAAGAAGAGUAACAUCUGAUCACGGAAGCGCUACAACGAGCAGCAACCAAGAGCAUAUCGGAUCAUCAAGUUUGAGCUUCCAUAACCAAGUAACGAAACAAACGCAAGAUUCUCUAUUUCCAGUAGAUUCAAACAGCCUGAAAGCAAGCAAGGAACUUGGUUCAGAAAGCACCAAUGAGUGGGUCGCAGGACAAAGAGUAAAAGAGGGAGAAGAAGGUGGUCUGAGUGUAGAGCAACGUCGGAGUCAGAGAGAAGCUGCACUGCUAAAGUUUAGGUUGAAGAGGAAAGAUAGAUGCUUUGGUAAAAAGGUAAGAUAUCAAAGCAGGAAGAAGCUAGCAGAGCAGCGUCCACGUGUGAAAGGCCAGUUCGUGCGUGCCGUUAACUCAGAUGCGUCUAAAUAAAUAAAAACUCUUGAAGCUUUUAACUAAAAAACUCUCCAAAGUUUGUCACAUAACAGAGACUUAAUUAGAUGUGCUGUUGUUGUUACUUAUAUAUCUAGUGUGGCUUUUUGUGUGUGUUUUCUUCUCAGCUGAUCUGAGAAACUGGGUCAAAUUUUCCCCCUCUUGUAUAUAUAUUCUGCGAAUGAUCAAAAGUUGCUAAGCAUUUUCAUUAUUCAAUCAGAA